AUGACGGCGCAAUUGGAAAAAAUAUUGCUAGUGCUGUCAACGUGUUUAGCACUAGCAAGCUGCAGAGCAGCAGUAGCGCGGUACACAUCAAAUGAUGAUCCAAUAGAUUGCGAUGGACGAGAAUUUAUUUGUACAGAUGACCUUCACUUUCUUAUAUGUGUUGAAGAUGAAACAGGUUCCACGAGUACGAUAGACAAUACGCCUCAGCCAUGUCCAGAAUAUACCAGAUGCAACAAUGCAUCUGUUUUUGAAUGUGCAAUCUUUAUCACUACUGAAGCACCAAUAACAACAACGCAACUCCCAACUGAUAUUCCAGUGACCACAACAACUGAAGAGCCAUCAACAACUACAGAAGCAGCCACUGAUGCUCCGACCACAACAACCGAAGAGCCUUCAACAACGACAGAGGCAGUCACUGAUGCUCCGAUCACAACAACUGAAGAGCCUUCAACAACUACAGAAGCAGCCACUGAUGCUCCGACCACAACAACUGAAAACCCUUCAACAACUACAGAAGUUGCCACUGAUGCUCCGACCACAACGACUGAAGAGCCGGCAACAACUACUGAAGUAGUCACUGAUGCUCCGACCACAACGACUGAAAGGCCUUCAACAACCACAGAAGCUGCCACUGAUGCCCCGACCACAACAACUGAAGAGCCUUCAACAACUACAGAGGCUGCCACUGAUACUCCGACCACAACGACUGAAGAGCCUUCAACAACUACAAAAGCAGCCACUGAUGCUCCGACCACAGCAACUGAAGAGCCUUCAACAACGACAGAGGCAGUAACUGAUGCUCCGACCACAACGACUGAAGAGCCAUCAACAACUACUGAAGUAGUCACUGAUGCUCCGACCACAACGACUGAAGAGCCUUCAACAACUACAGAAGCUGCCACUGAUGCUCCGACCACAACAACUGAAGAGCCUUCAACAACUACCGAAGCUGCCACUGAUGCUCCGACCACAACAACCGAAGAGCCUUCAACAACGACAGAGGCAGUCACUGAUGCUCCGAUCACAACAACUGAAGAGCCUUCAACAACUACAGAAGCAGCCACUGAUGCUCCGACCACAACAACUGAAAACCCUUCAACAACUACAGAAGUUGCCACUGAUGCUCCGACCACAACGACUGAAGAGCCGGCAACAACUACUGAAGUAGUCACUGAUGCUCCGACCACAACGACUGAAAGGCCUUCAACAACCACAGAAGCUGCCACUGAUGCCCCGACCACAACAACUGAAGAGCCUUCAACAACAACAGAGGCAGUCACUGAUGCUCCGACCACAACAACUGAAGAGCCUUCAACAACUACAGAAGCUGCCACUGAUGCUCCGACCACAACAACCGAAGAGCCUUCAACAACGACAGAGGCAGUAACUGAUGCUCCGACCACAACGACUGAAGAGCCAUCAACAACUACUGAAGUAGUCACUGAUGCUCCGACCACAACGACUGAAGAGCCUUCAACAACUACAGAAGCUGCCACUGAUGCUCCGACCACAACAACUGAAGAGCCUUCAACAACUACCGAAGCUGCCACUGAUGCUCCGACCACAACAACCGAAGAGCCUUCAACAACUACAGAAGCUGCCACUGAUGCUCCGACCACAACAACCGAAGAGCCUUCAACAACGACAGAGGCAGUCACUGAUGCUCCGACCACAACGACUGAAGAGCCAUCAACAACUACUGAAGUAGUCACUGAUGCUCCGACCACAACGACUGAAGAGCCUUCAACAACUACAGAAGCUGCCACUGAUGCUCCGACCACAACAACUGAAGAGCCUUCAACAACUACAGAAGCUGCCACUGAUGCUCCGACCACAACAACUGAAGAGCCUUCAACGACAACAGAGGCAGUCACUGAUGCUCCGACCACAACAACUGAAGAGCAUUCAACAACUACAGAAGCUGCCACUGAUGCUCCGACCACAACAACCGAAGAGCCUUCAACAACGACAGAGGCAGUCACUGAUGCUCCGACUACAACGACUGAAGAGCCUUCAACAACUACAGAAGCUGCCACUGAUGCUCCGACCACAACAACUGAGGAGCCUUCAACGACAACAGAGGCAGUCACUGAUGCUCCGACCACAACAACUGAAGAGCCUUCAACAACUACAGAAGCUGCCACUGAUGCUCCGACCACAACAACCGAAGAGCCUUCAACAACGACAGAGGCAGUCACUGAUGCUCCGACCACAACGACUGAAGAGCCAUCAACAACUACUGAAGUAGUCACUGAUGCUCCGACCACAACGACUGAAGAGCCAUCAACAACUACUGAAGUAGUCACUGAUGCUCCGACCACAACGACUGAAGAGCCUUCAACAACUACAGAAGCUGCCACUGAUGCUCCGACCACAACAACUGAAGAGCCUUCAACAACUACAGAAGCUGCCACUGAUGCUCCGACCACAACGACUGAAGAGCCUUCAACAACUACAGAAGCUGCCACUGAUGCUCCGACCACAACAACUGAAGAGCCUUCAACAACAACAGAGGCAGUCACUGAUGCUCCGACCACAACAACUGAAGAGCCUUCAACAACAACAGAGGCAGUCACUGAUGCUCCGACCACAACGACUGAAGAGCCUUCAACAACUACAGAAGCUGCCACUGAUGCUCCGACCACAACAACUGAAGAGCCAUCAACAACUACAGAAGCUGCCACUGAUGCUCCGACCACAACAACCAAAGAGCCUUCAACAACGACAGAGGCAGUCACUGAUGCUCCGACCACAACGACUGAAGAGUCUUCAACAACUACAGAAGCUGCCACUGAUGCUCCGACCACAACAACUGAAGAGCCUUCAACAACGACAGAGGCAGUCACUGAUGCUCCGACCACAACGACUGAAGAGCCAUCAACAACUACUGAAGUAGUCACUGAUGCUCCGACCACAACGACUGAAGAGCCUUCAACAACUACAGAAGCUGCCACUGAUGCUCCGACCACAACAACUGAAGAGCCUUCAACAACUACAGAAGCUGCCACUGAUGCUCCGACCACAACGACUGAAGAGCCUUCAACAACUACAGAAGCAGCCACUGAUGCUCCGACCACAACAACUGAAGAGCCUUCAACAACUACAGAAGCUGCCACUGAUGCUCCGACCACAACAACUGAAGAGCCUUCAACAACGACAGAGGCAGUCACUGAUGCUCCGACCACAACGACUGAAGAGCCUUCAACAACUACAGAAGCUGCCACUGAUGCUCCGACCACAACAACUGAAGAGCCAUCAACAACUACAGAAGCUGCCACUAAUGCUCCGACCACAACAACUGAAGAGCCUUCAACAACGACAGAGGCAGUCACUGAUGCUCCGACCACAACGACUGAAGAGCCAUCAACAACUACUGAAGUAGUCACUGAUGCUCCGAUCACAACGACUGAAGAGCCUUCAACAACAACAGAGGCAGUCACUGAUGCUCCGACCACAACAACCGAAGAGCCUUCAACAACUACAGAAGCUGCCACUGAUGCUCCGACCACAACAACCAAAGAGCCUUCAACAACGACAGAGGCAGUCACUGAUGCUCCGACCACAACGACUGAAGAGUCUUCAACAACUACAGAAGCUGCCACUGAUGCUCCGACCACAACAACUGAAGAGCCUUCAACAACGACAGAGGCAGUCACUGAUGCUCCGACCACAACGACUGAACAGCCAUCAACAACUACUGAAGUAGUCACUGAUGCUCCGACCACAACGACUGAAGAGCCUUCAACAACUACAGAAGCUGCCACUGAUGCUCCGACCACAACAACUGAAGAGCCUUCAACAACUACAGAAGCUGCCACUGAUGCUCCGACCACAACGACUGAAGAGCCUUCAACAACUACAGAAGCAGCCACUGAUGCUCCGACCACAACAACUGAAGAGCCUUCAACAACUACAGAAGCUGCCACUGAUGCUCCGACCACAACAACUGAAGAGCCUUCAACAACAACAGAGGCAGUCACUGAUGCUCCGACCACAACAACCAAAGAGCCUUCAACAACGACAGAGGCAGUCACUGAUGCUCCGACCACAACGACUGAAGAGCCUUCAACAACUACAGAAGCUGCCACUGAUGCUCCGACCACAACAACUGAAGAGCCUUCAACAACUACAGAAGCUGCUACUGAUGCUCCGAUCACAACAACUGAAGAGCCUUCAACAACUACAGAAGCUGCCACUGAUGCUCCGACCACAACAACUGAAGAGCCUUCAACAACUACAGAAGCUGCCACUGAUGCUCCGACCACAACAACUGAAGAGCCUUCAACAACGACAGAGACAGUCACUGAUGCUCCGACCACAACAACUGAAGAGCCUUCAACAACUACAGAAGCUGCCACUGAUGCUCCGACCACAACAACUGAAGAGCCUUCAACAACGACAGAGGCAGUCACUGAUGCUCCGACCACAACGACUGAACAGCCAUCAACAACUACUGAAGUAGUCACUGAUGCUCCGACCACAACGACUGAAGAGCCUUCAACAACUACAGAAGCUGCCACUGAUGCUCCGACCACAACAACUGAAGAGCCUUCAACAACAACAGGGGCAGUCACUGAUGCUCCGACCAAAACAACUGAAGAGCCUUCAACAACGACAGAGGCAGUCACUGAUGCUCCGACCACAACAACUGAAGAGCCUUCAACAACAACAGAAGCAGUCACUGAUGCUCCGACCACAACGACUGAAGAGCCAUCAACAACUACUGAAGUAGUCACUGAUGCUCCGACCACAACGACUGAAGAGCCUUCAACAACAACAGAGGCAGUCACUGAUGCUCCGACCACAACAACUGAAGAAGCUUCAACAACUACAGAAGCUGCCACUGAUGCUCCGACCACAACAACUGAAGAACCUUCAACAACUACAGAAGCUGCCACUGAUGCUCCGACCACAACAACUGAAGAGCCUUCAACGACAACAGAGGCAGUCACUGAUGCUCCGACCACAACAACUGAAGAGCCUUCAACAACUACAGAAGCUGCCACUGAUGCUCCGACCACAAUAACCGAAGAGCCUUCAACAACGACAGAGGCAGUCACUGAUGCUCCGACCACAACGACUGAAGAGCCAUCAACAACUACUGAAGUAGUCACUGAUGCUCCGACCACAACAACUGAAGAGCCUUCAACAACUACAGAAGCUGCCACUGAUGCUCCGACCACAACAACUGAAGAGCCUUCAACAACUACAGAAGCUGCCACUGAUGCUCCGACCACAACAACUGGAGAGCCUUCAACAACAACAGAGGCAGUCACUGAUGCUCCGACCACAACAACUCAAGAGCCUUCAACAACGACAGAAGCAGUCACUGAUGCUCCGACCACAACAACUGAAGAGCCUUCAACAACAACAGAGGCAGUCACUAAUGCUCCGACCACAACAACUGAAGAACCUUCAACAACGACAGAAGCAGUCACUGAUGCUCCGACCACAACAACUGAAGAGCCUUCAACAACAACAGAGGCAGUCACUGGUUCUCCGACCACAACGACUGAAGAGCCUUCAACAACUACAGAAGCUGCCACUGAUGCUCCGACCACAACUACUGAAGAGCCUUCAACAACAACAGAGGCAGUCACUGAUGCUCCGACCACAACAACCAAAGAGCCUUCAACAACUACAGAAGCUGCCACUGAUGCUCCGACCACAACAACCAAAGAGCCUUCAACAACGACAGAGGCAGUCACUGAUGCUCCGACCACAACGACUGAAGAGUCUUCAACAACUACAGAAGCUGCCACUGAUGCUCCGACCACAACAACUGAAGAGCCUUCAACAACAACAGAGGCAGUCACUGAUGCUCCGACCACAACAACCGAAGAGCCUUCAACAACGACAGAGGCAGUCACUGAUGCUCCGACCACAACAACUGAAGAGCCUUCAACAACUACAGAAGCUGCCACUGAUGCUCCGACCACAACAACUGAAGAGCCUUCAACAACUACAGAAGCUGCUACUGAUGCUCCAAUCACAACAACUGAAGAGCCUUCAACAACUACGGAAGCUGCCACUGAUGCUCCGGCCACAACAACUGAAGAGCCUUCAACAACUACAGAAGCUGCCACUGAUGCUCCGACCACAACAACUUCAACAACUACAGAAGCUGCCACUGAUGCUCCGACCACAACAACUGAAGAGCCUUCAACAACUACAGAAGCUGCCACUGAUGCUCCGAUCACAACAACUGAAGAGCCUUCAACAACUACAGAAGCUGCCACUGAUGCUCCGACCACAACAACUGAAGAGCCUUCAACAACUACAGAAGCUGCCACUGAUGCUCCGACCACAACAACUGAGGAGCCUUCAACAACAACAGAGGCAGUCACUGAUGCUCCGACCACAACAACCAAAGAGCCUUUAACAACUACUGAAAGGCAGUCACUGAUGCUCCGACCACAAACAACUGAAGAGCCUUCAACAACGACAGAGGCAGUCACUGAUGCUCCGACCACAACAACUGAAGAGCCUUCAACAACGACAGAAGCAGUCACUGAUGCUCCGACCACAACGACUGAAGAGCCAUCAACAACUACUGAAGUAGUCACUGAUACUCCGACCACAACGACUGAAGAGCCUUCAACAACAACAGAGGCAGUCACUGAUGCUCCGACCACAACAACUGAAGAGCCUUCAACAACGACAGAAGCAGUCACUGAUGCUCCGACCACAACAACUGAAGAGCCUUCAACAACAACAGAGGCAGUCACUGAUGCUCCGACCACAACAACUGAAGAGCCUUCAACAACAACAGAAGCAGUCACUGAUGCUCCGACCACAACGCCUGAAGAGCCAUCAACAACUACUGAAGUAGUCACUGAUGCUCCGACCACAACGACUGAAGAGCCUUCAACAACUACAGAAGCUGCCACUGAUGCUCCGACCACAACAACUGAAGAGCCUUCAACAACUACAGAAGCUGCCACUGAUGCUCCGACCACAACAACUGAAGAGCCUUCAACAACAACAGAGGCAGUCACUGAUGCUCCGACCACAACAACUGAAGAGCCUUCAACAACAACAGAGGCAGUCACUGAUGCUCCGACCACAACGACUGAAGAGCCUUCAACAACUACAGAAGCUGCCACUGAUGCUCCGACCACAACAACUGAAGAUCCUUCAACAACUACAGAAGCUGCCACUGAUGCUCCGACCACAACAACUGAAGAGCCUUCAACAACAACAGAGGCAGUCACUGAUGCUCCGACCACAACAACUGAAGAGCCUUCAACAACGACAGAAGCAGUCACUGAUGCUCCGACCACAACGACUGAAUUGCCAUCAACAACUACUGAAGUAGUCACUGAGCCUACGACGGAAGAGCCUUCAACAACUACAGAAGCUGCCACUGAUGCUCCGACCACAACGACUGAAGACCCUUCAACAACAACAGAGGCAGUCACUGAUGCUCCGACCACAACAACUAAAGAGCCUUCAACAACGACAGAGGCAGUCACUGAUGCUCCGACCACAACGACUGAAGAGCCAUCAACAACUACUGCAGUAGUCACUGAUGCUCCGACUACAACAACUGAAGAGCCUUCAACAACGACAGAGGCAGUCACUGAUGCUCCGAUCACAACAACUGAAGAGCCUACAACAACUACAGAAGCUGCCACUGAUGCUCCGACCACAACAACUGAAGAACCUUCAACAACGACAGAAGCAGUCACUGAUGCUCCGACCACAACGACUGAAGUGCCAUCAACAACUACUGAAGUAGUCACUGAUGCUCCGACCACAACGACUGAAGAGCCUUCAACAACUACAGAAGCUGCCACUGAUGCUCCGACCACAACAACUGAAGAGCCUUCAACAACGACAGAGGCGGUCACUGAUGCUCCGACCACAACGACUGAAGAGCCUUCAACAACUACUGAAGUAGUCACUGAUGCUCCGACCACAACGACUGAAGAACCUUCAACAACGACAGAGUCAGCCACUGAUGCUCCAGUGACCACAACAACUGAAGAGCCAUCAACAACUACAGGAGCUGCCACUGAUGCUCCGAUCACAACAACUGAAGAGCCUUCAACAACGACAGAGGCGGUCACUGAUGCUCCGACCACAACGACUGAAGAGCCUUCAACAACUACUGAAGUAGUCACUGAUGCUCCGACCACAACGACUAAAGAACCUUCAACAACAACAGAGGCAGUCACUGAUGCUUCGACCACAACAACUGAAGAGCCUUCAACAACAACAGAGGCAGUCACUGAUGCUCCGACCACAACGACUGAAGAGCCUUCAACAACUACAGAUGCUGCCACUGACGCUCCGACCACAACAACUGAAGAGCCUUCAACAACAACAGAGGCAGUCACUGAUGCUCCAGUGACCACAACAACUGAAGAGCCAUCAACAACUACAGGAGCUGCCACUGAUGCUCCGACCACAACAACUGAAGAGCCUUCAACAACGACAGAGGCGGUCACUGAUGCUCCGACCACAACGACUGAAGAGCCUUCAACAACUACUGAAGUAGUCACUGAUGCUCCGACCACAACGACUGAAGAGCCUUCAACAACAACAGAGGCAGUCACUGAUGCCCCAGUGACCACAACGACUGAAGAGCCUUCAACAACUACAGAAGCUGCCACUGAUGCUCCGACCACAACAACCGAAGAGCCUUCAACAACGACAGAGGCAGUCACUGAUGCUCCGACCACAACAACUGAAGAGCCUUCAACAACUACAGAAGCUGCCACUGAUGCUCCGACCACAACAACUGAAGAGCCUUCAACAACAACAGAGGCAGUCACUGAUGCUCCGACCACAACAACUGAAGAGCCUUCAACAACAACAGAGGCAGUCACUGAUGCUCCGACCACAACGACUGAAGAGCCUUCAACAACUACAGAUGCUGCCACUGAUGCUCCGACCACAACAACUGAAGAGCCUUCAACAACAACAGAGGCAGUCACUGAUGCUCCGACCACAACAACUGAAGAGCCUUCAACAACUACAGAAGCAGCCACUGACGCUCCGACCACAACAACUGAAGAGCCUUCAACAACGACAGAAGCCUCAACAACUACAGAAGCUGCCACUGAUGCUCCGACCACAACAACUGAAGAGCCUCAACAACUACAGAAGCAGUCACUGAUGCUCCGACCACAACGACUGAAGAGCCUUCAACAACUACAGAAGCUCACUGAUGCUCCGACCACAACGACUGAAGAGCCUUCAACAACUACUGAAGUAGUCACUGAUGCUCCGACUACAACAACUGAAGAGCCUUCAACAACUACCGAAGCUGCCACUGAUGCUCCGACCACAACAACUGAAGAGCCUUCAACAACUACAGAAGCUGCCACUGAUGCUCCGAUCACAACAACUGAAGAGCCUUCAACAACUACAGAAGCUGCCACUGAUGCUCCGACCACAACAACUGAAGAGCCUUCAACAACGACAGAGGCAGUCACUGAUGCUCCGACCACAACGACUGAAGAGCCAUCAACAACUACUGAAGUAGUCACUGAUGCUCCGACUACAACAACUGAAGAGCCUUCAACAACUACCGAAGCUGCCACUGAUGCUCCGACCACAACAACUGAAGAGCCUUCAACAACUACAGAAGCUGCCACUGAUGCUCCGACACAACAACUGAAGAUCACUGAUGCUCCGAUACACAAAACUGAAGAGCCUUCAACAACUACCGAAGCUGCCACUGAUGCUCCGACCACAACAACCGAAGAGCCUUCAACAACUACAGAAGCUGCCACUGAUGCUCCGACCACAACAACUGAAGAGCCUUCAACAACAACAGAGGCAGUCACUGAUGCUCCGACCACAACAACUGAAGAGCCUUCAACAACAACAGAGGCAGUCACUGAUGCUCCGACCACAACGACUGAAGAGCCUUCAACAACUACAGAUGCUGCCACUGAUGCUCCGACCACAAAAACUGAAGAGCCUUCAACAACAACAGAGGCAGUCACUGAUGCUCCGACCACAACAAUGAAGAGCCUCAACAACUACAGAAUGACCACAACAACUGAAGAGCCAUCAACAACUACAGAAGCUGCCACUGAUGCUCCGACCACAACAACUGAAGAGCCUUCAACAACGACAGAGGCAGUCACUGACGCUCCGACCACAACAACUGAAGAGCCUUCAACAACGACAGAGUCAGCCACUGAUGCUCCAGUGACCACAACAACUGAAGAGCCAUCAACAACUACAGAAGCUGCCACUGAUGCUCCGAUCACAACAACUGAAGAGCCUUCAACAACGACAGAGUCAGCCACUGAUGCUCCAGUGACCACAACAACUGAAGAGCAUCAACAACUACAGAAGCUGCCACUGAUGCUCCGAUCACAACAACUGAAGAGCCUUCAACAACGACAGAAUCAGCACUGA